UUCAAAUUAAUUCACCUUAGUCCAUCACAAUGGCUUCUUUGUACUUCCUAGUGUUACUUUCAACUCUUGGUUUGAGUUCAGCACUAGACAGUUGGCAUGAGCGGGUGGGGUUUCCAGAAGCGGCGAGAAUACUUGAGCAUGAGCAGUCGAUAGUGCCUCUAGCCCAGGAGGUGCAGCGGCCUAUUGUGGGCGGGUUUGUUGCAGCCCUUCACGCGCACCCACACCUGGCCGGGCUGGUGGUGGACAUCCGGGGAAGCCCCUCCCCCUCCGCGUGUGGGGGGACCCUCCUCACCUCCUCGCGCGUCCUCACCGCCGCGCACUGCUGGCACGACGGCCGCUUCCAGGCCUGGCGCUUCACCGUCGUGCUCGGCUCCCCGUACCUAUUCUACGGCGGAACCAGGAUACCCACCUCCAGCGUCUCUGUUCACGAGAACUACGAGCCGGUGACUCUGGCCAACGACAUCGCGAUGGUGUACCUGCCGGUGCACGUGUCAUUCUCCGCGGCGGUGCGGCCGGCGACGCUGCCGAGCGACGCCAUGCUGCACCUGGAUCUAACCGGGCUGUGGGCGACAGCCGUCGGGUACGGGCGCUACUCGGACCUCACCAACCCCACACACAACACGGUGGUGCGUGAGGUGCAGCUGCAGGUGAUCUCUCGUGAGGCGUGCCGGCGCACGUACGGGCGGGUGGUGCUGGACUCCAACGUGUGUACUGCGGGGGCCGGGGGGGUGGGCAUCUGCCGCGGCGACUCGGGCGGGCCGCUGGCGGUGUCGCUGGCGGGGCAGCACGUGCUGCUGGGAGUCAGCUCCUUCGUGGCCACGGCCGGCUGCGAGCUCGGACACCCCUCCGUGUUCGCGAGUGUGCCAGCGUUUUUGCCCUGGAUUAGAGCGCGACUGUGAUUUGUUUUUGUGGAGUGAUGUCAUUUAUAGUGGUUUUUUUUUGUAUGAAAUAAAGGUUUUAUAUUCAA